UGAUGACGUCAGUGUCGUGAACGAGGAAGUACCAAACAGAAACCUGCAGCCGCGGAGCCUCAACCUGCACAAGAACCUCCACUCUAACCCUUUCAUUGAGGGUAAAAAUAUCAAGUGACCUGAGAAAAUGUCUCGCAGAUAUGACUCCCGGACAACCAUAUUUUCUCCUGAAGGACGACUGUAUCAGGUGGAGUAUGCAAUGGAAGCAAUCGGUCACGCUGGAACAUGUCUGGGAAUUCUGGCAAAUGAUGGAGUGCUGCUAGCAGCAGAGAGACGCAACAUCCACAAACUGCUUGAUGAGGUUUUCUUCUCGGAGAAGAUCUACAAGCUCAAUGAAGACAUGGCUUGCAGCGUAGCCGGGAUCACAUCAGAUGCUAAUGUACUGACAAACGAGCUUCGGCUAAUUGCACAGAGGUACUUAUUGCAGUACCAGGAGCCAAUACCAUGCGAGCAGCUGGUCACAGCGCUGUGUGACAUUAAACAAGCCUACACACAGUUCGGAGGUAAGAGACCGUUUGGUGUUUCUCUGCUGUACAUGGGCUGGGACAAACAUUAUGGCUUCCAGUUGUACCAGAGUGACCCCAGCGGCAAUUAUGGAGGCUGGAAGGCUACUUGCAUUGGCAACAACAGUGCUGCUGCAGUAUCCAUGUUAAAGCAGGACUACAAAGAGGGAGAGAUGACUCUGUCCUCUGCACUUGCUUUGGCCGUCAAAGUCCUCAACAAAACAAUGGAUGUCAGCAAACUCUCGGCAGAGAAAGUGGAGAUUGCCACCUUGACACGAGAAGAGGGGAAAACCAAAAUCAAAGUGCUGAAACAGAAAGAAGUAGAAGAACUCAUCAAGAGGCAUGAGGCCGAAGAGGCCAAGGCUGAAAAAGACAAAAAGGAGAAGGAGCAGAAGGAGAAAGACAAAUAAGAAAAGUGCCCACCUCCCCCCACAUUUAUUUCAGCAAAUAUAUUGUUUUGUUCUCUUUUACAAUAAACUUCUAGAAACUGA